GUUAUCGAUCAUUUUUUUUCACGACAAAAUGUAAUUAUAAUCUGUGAAAAACAGGGUUUGUCAUGCGAGAGAUUCAAUAUUAGCGAUAUAAAUUAGUAUCGAUCAAUUGGUCCCGUGACAGAAGACACAGAGCGGAUACAUAUAUCAUGUUUCGUAUCAUCAACAACACUUUACCGUUAGUUAUAACUGAUUUGGUUUUAUUGCUCACGGACAUUUUAUAUAAUUCGUUUGAUUAUAGUUACCAAUUACAAUUUGGAAUCGACAUGUUGUGUUAUAUUCGUUGAGCUGAUUAGUGGUAUUGUUCGACUGGUUUUAUUAACUCCAAAUCUGGUAUUUGAUUUAAUUAUGGCAGAUGGAAAUGCAGCAUCAGCCUCAGAAGCAGGUUGUCUUAAGGAUGGGGGGAAAACUGUAGUAAUUGCUUUUGAUGGGAGUGAUUACGCUAAGCAUGCAAUGAAAUUUUAUGCAGAUACAGUGCACACAACAACAGAUAAUGUAAUAGUUGUAUAUUGUGUUGAACUGGGCGAUGUCAUUAGGACAGCCCAUUUUUCUGUGGAUCAGGAAGCAUUCAAGGAGUUGAUUCACCAUGAAUCAGACAAAAUAAAAAACAGAUUAGUAGAAUUUGCCAUGUAUAUGCGACAUAUUAAGCUAAACGGAAUAGUUAAAAGUACACAUGCAAGUACACCCGGGUUGGGUGUUGUCAACUUAGCCAACGAGUUUAAUGCUGAUUUGAUUGUGACCGGAAGCAGAGGACAGGGUACUUUACGGAGGACAUUUCUCGGAAGUGUUAGUGACUACAUUCUACAUCAUUCGAAGGUUCCUGUUUUGGUCGUAACACUUCAAAAGGAAGUCGAUGACAAACAUAGAACCUAACAUUCUGAUUGUUUUCCAAUUGAAUAGGUAACAAAGAUGAAUAUUCAAAUGUGAAACGUGCACUUAACAUGAAUCCUUGACAUCACGUAUAGUAACGCCUUAUCUUUCAAAUCAUAAUAGACCGUCGCAUUAUUCACAACAAAAUUGACUACUAUACUUCAUGUUUCAGUGGAAAACAAAAACAUUAUCGACAAUAAAUAAAUUAAAUAAUUACGCAC